GCCAUUCUUAUUCAUCUCCGCAUUGCCGAGACCAUCGAUACAAUCAAUCCCCAUCUACAAGAUCUCGACCACCGCCAUAAUCUCUUUCUUUUCCACUUCAUCCCAGUCUAUUGAGACCAUAUGAGAAGGAUCACUUUCUCUUACCCUUCUACUGUGACCCUAUGAGGAGGAUUUUGCAGAGAAUCCCUCGUUGUUCCUGUUGUUGUGGCUUUGCCACGUGUAGUAAUUAUGUGAGUGAAGGUAUCUCCCAUUCUCUUAAACCCCAAGCAGGAACUGACAGUGGCAAACAAGUUCUGCAAAAUAAUACAUGCCCCUCCAUGCCUCGGGUCCGGUUGCAUAUUCAAGAUCGUCAUGUGGUAUUGGAUAAUGGCAUACUCCAAGUCACAUUAUCAAAACCAGGCGGGAUUGUUACCGGAAUACGAUAUAAUGGCAUUGACAAUUUGCUUGAAUUUCGUAACAAGGAGACUAAUAGAGGUUACUGGGAUCUUAAUUGGAGUGCACCAGGAGGAAAGGGAAUAUUCGACGUGAUUGAAGGAACACAUUUUAGGGUUGUAGUUGAAAAUGAGGAACAAAUUGAACUCUCAUUCUUAAGGUUUUGGGAUUCCUCUCUUGAGGGCAAGUACAUUCCCUUAAAUAUAGAUAAAAGGUUCAUAAUGCUUCGUGGUUCAUCGGGGUUUUACUCUUAUGCAAUUUACGAGCACUUACAGGAAUGGCCUGCAUUUUGUCUUGAUCAAACUCGAUUCACUUUCAAGCUCAGAAAAGAGAAGUUUCGCUAUAUGGCAAUAGCAGAUAACAGACAGAGACAUAUGCCUCUUCCUGAGGAUCGAAUGACGGGAAAAGGCCAACCCCUGGACUACCCAGAAGCUGUCCUACUUGUUAAUCCCAUGGAUCCUGAGCUCCAAGGAGAGGUGGACGACAAGUACCAAUAUUCAUGUGAGAAUAAAGAUCUCAGGGUUCAUGGAUGGAUAUGCUAUGCUCCCCCAGUAGGGUUCUGGGUAAUUACACCUAGUGAUGAGUUCCGAUCUGGUGGACCAAUCAAACAGAAUCUUUCGUCACAUGUAGGGCCUACCUCCCUUGCUAUGUUUCUUAGCAGACACUAUGCUGGAAAAUACAUGGUCACAAGUGUUGGACCCAAUGAACCAUGGAAGAAAGUCUUUGGUCCAGUUUUUAUCUAUCUCAAUUCUGCUGUUAGUGGAGAUGACCCACUUUGGCUGUGGGAGGAUGCUAAAAUAAAGAUGAUGGGUGAAGUCCGAAGCUGGCCAUACAGUUUUCCUGCAUCCGAGGAUUUUCAGAAGUCAGAACAACGGGGAAGUGUUUGUGGUAGACUACUAGUGCUAGACAGGUAUGUAAGCAAAGACUACAUACCGGCAAAUGGUGCUUAUGUUGGGCUGGCACCACCUGGAGAUAUAGGUUCAUGGCAAACAGAAUGCAAGGACUACCAAUUCUGGACCAAAUCAGAUGAGGAGGGCUAUUUCUCCAUACCACAUGUACGUACUGGCAACUAUAAUCUUUAUGCAUGGGUCCCUGGUUUUAUUGGAGAUUUUCGAUAUGAUACUGCUGUUACCAUAACCUCAGGCAACAAUAUUGAAAUGGGCGAUCUGGUAUAUGAGCCUCCAAGAGAUGGGCCGACAUUGUGGGAAAUAGGCAUCCCUGAUCGUUCUGCUGCUGAGUUCUAUAUUCCUGACCCUUAUCCUAUGUAUCUUAAUAAACUAUUUGUCAAUCACCCUGAAAGGUUCAGGCAGUAUGGUUUAUGGAGUAGAUACACAGAAUUAUAUCCUAAUGAAGACUUGGUAUACACAAUUGGUGUCAGUGACUACCGCAAAGAUUGGUUCUUUGCCCACAUUGUCAGGAAGACAGGUGAUACGUAUCAAGGAACCACUUGGCAGAUUAAAUUCAAACUUGACAAGCUGGAUCAGAGCAGUAACUACAAAUUGCGUGUGGCAAUUGCAUCAGCAACCCUAGCCGAAUUGCAGGUCCGAGUUAAUGAUCCAAACACAAAUCGUCCUCUGUUUACAACCGGACUGAUUGGGAGGGACAAUGCAAUUGCAAGACAUGGAAUUCAUGGGCUUUACUGGCUGUACCAUGUGAACAUACCGGCUACUAAGCUUAUUGAAGGAGAGAAUACCAUCUUCCUGAAACAACCAAGAUGCACGAGCCCUUUCCAAGGGUUUAUGUAUGAUUAUAUUCGUUUGGAAGGUCCCCCCAGCUCCUGAUUCCUUGACAGGAAAUCUAUGUUUGCGCUAGUAUAUAUAUUCAUAGAUUUCAUUUCAUUGCUGUUUAUGCAAUGAAAUUGUUCUACUAAAAGUGUUUGCAGAUAUAUAAUGAAAACAUUAUGAAUAUAUUAUGUAUCAUGUUAAUAUUUUCCUAUCAA